AAUCAACUAACUAAGAUACAAGUCUAACUAACUGCUGCCUGAAAUCCUGCGAAUUUGGUGACUACUCCAUCGGCUUGGCUCAAACAGGGAGAUCCUUCGUUUCCUCUUCCUUCUCACGUUUCAUCAAACAAACAUUCCUGAAUCUUUGAAUCAUUCUCUUCUGGUCUUUCAUAGACGCGAAACAAUCCUCAAAACGAUGGACUCUUCUACCCAAAACCAAACGCAACCACUCACCACGCGCUCAACAAACACUCACCUCUCGCAAUCAUCAACCGCCACGAUGCAAUCAACCGACGCGAAGAAAUUCAUCGACAUGGACUCCAAACCAACAACAGACGCCUUGAAAGUGUCAAUGGAACAUCACCGCAAGGCCCUUCAAGAGAAACUCCAGAACGGUGGCGGCGCCGACGAUCAGUCUAAUAGAGCAAACUAUGUCUCGCCCUCGGAUGAUAUUAUGAGUCCUUGCACGAAGAAGUUGAGUGAUCUCAAGGGCAAGCGGUUCAAGGCCGGAAAACCAACCUCACUCUUCGCAAAGCUGGGCAAGAAGAAUUACGAACAGUCUUCUGCUUCUGCUUCGCCGUCGCAUGGUGCUCCCGCUCCAGAAGCCGAAUAA